CCAAGUCCCUAAGGGGUGGCCUGAACUGACAGAAGAAAUGUUGAAAACCAGAGACUCAGGAGGAUAGUUUCUGCAGGGUGGCUCCCUGGCUCCUGGAAGAGAGAGAGGUAGGGCAGUGGACGGGUGGCCUAGUGGUGAGAGACACGAUGGAAUCCGACUUUACCUCCAAGGACACCUACCUGAGCCGUUUUAACCCUCGAGAUUAUCUAGAAAAAUAUUACAGCUUUGGGUCCAGACACUCUGCAGAAAACCAGGUUCUUAGGCUUCUUCUGAAAAAUCUUUUCAAUAUAUUCUGUGUGGGUGGCCUAAAGGGAGAUCUCCUGAUUGACAUUGGCUCUGGUCCCACCAUCUAUCAGCUCCUCUCUGCUUGUGAAUCCUUCAAGAAGAUUAUUGCUACUGACUACACUGACCAGAACCUGCAGGAGCUGCAGAAGUGGCUGAGGAAGGAGCCAGGGGCCUUUGACUGGUCCCCAGUAGUGAACUACGUGUGUGAGCUCGAAGGUAACAGAGUGAAAGGGCAAGAAAAAGAGGAGAAGUUGAGGCGGGCAAUCAAGCAGGUCCUGAAGUGUGAUGUGACCCAGAGACAGCCUCUGGGUGCUAUCUCCCUGCCCCCAGCUGACUGCCUCCUCAGCACUCUGUGCCUAGAUGCUGCCUGUCCAGACCUCCCUGCCUACCGCACAGCCCUCAGGAACCUCAGCAGCCUACUGAAGCCAGGGGGCUACCUGGUGAUUGUGGAUGCCCUGAAGAGCAGCUACUAUAUGAUUGGUGAGCAGAAGUUCUCCAGCCUCUGCCUGGGCAGGGAGGCAGUAGAGGCUUCCGUGAGAGAGGCUGGCUAUAGCAUCAAGCAGUUUGAGGUGAUCUCUCAAAGUUAUUCUCCCACCACAGCUGACAACGAAGGAAUUUUCUUCCUGGUGGGACAGAAGCUGAACAGCUCUGCGUGACACUUUGUGGAGACAGCUAAGGCAAUUAAUCUGACUAACCCAGUUGAUUUCAGUCCUUGGUUCUAACUCUUGCUGAGUAGAGAGUAAUGACUGGGGCCCUGAUGGUUUAUCUAGGACAGGGCUGUAGCUGUCAGUCAACCUAGGAGUAAUUGGUUGACCACCAAUUGAAGCCUGUGUCCAGUCUUCACUACCCGUGAUUAUAAAAGAGAAUACAUUUCCCUUAAGCAUUCUGGUUGUGAUGACUUAAGCCUACACAUCCCUAUAGACAAAUUUCUGAAGUUUUUUGGUAUUCAUGGCCUUGAGGGCCUGCUACCUCCUUUUCUACACAAACAGGUUUCUCCUCCUCUUCAACUCUUGACUUCUCUAGGGACCCUGUCCUCUGCUGGGGUUCACUGGAACCACCACUAUCUCUGGAGUCAGAGAACACCUGUUCCCUUUGCUCCUCGGUCCCAAAAUGAGUUAGGCCCUUCUCUUACUCCCCUUUACUCACCUAAGUGAAGCGAUGAUUUCUGCCUGAAGAGAAGUUUAGGAGUUAUCAAGAGAGAUAACAGACACUAUAUUACAGCAGCCAUUAGAAACAGUGUCUUCAGAGCCCACAUUUUUAGAGGGUCUUGGAAGGUAUCCUGUUGGCAUAGGUCUUGGCCAAGUUAUGCAGAUGAGAAAGGGUGAGGAGGGAAACAUAUCCUCUGAUGACAUGCCUACAUCCUCUGGUUCCCAGGCACCAUCAUCCACAUUGCUCUAAAACAGAGGUUGACAAACUAUGGCUCAUGAGUCAAGUCCACCCUGCUGCCUGCUUUGUAAAAUUUUACUGAGGCACAGCCAUGAACAUGCAUUUAUGUAUUGUCUGUGGCUGUUUUUGUGCUAUAAUGCCAGAGUCAAGUACUUGUGACAGCAACUGUGUGCAUGGUCUGUGAGGAAUAGAGUGAAGAAAUAAAAUGGAGUUACUAUAGUCAAGCUGCUAAAUUCUUAACUUCUUCAAGUGGACAGAGGCAUAGGGAAAUAAUUACUUUUGUUUUAAGUGACUCUGGGAACUUAAACUUUUUAAUUUUCCACUUCUGUGUCAACCUGAGCACAUAUCACUGUGUUGUAUGUUACUGAAUGGAUAUACAUCAAACUGCCAAACAACUGUGAAUGACCUCAAGAAGCAAAUCUUCCAAUUUUCCGCUGGACAGCUGAUGAUUAGCACCACACAUAUGAUGACUAUCAUCUUGAACCAAUCUUGGGAUUGAGAAUGUAAACUGAUUUUCCUCAAGAAUAUACUUUUUUUUACUGUAAGAACCCUCAACUAUUCUUUCCCUUUCAGAACACUCUAGCUAUUUCCUAGUUAUAUUUCUGGUUUGCAAACCUGCAGACCAUUGACUAAACCUUUGUCAUUUAUUUCUAGCCAAAACUCCUGACUCUUUUGAGCUGAGCUGACAUUUUGUAGAGUCUGAAUUACCUACUAUUUGGAUCAAUGAAGAAAAAGUUGGGGGUUCCCCUACAGUAAAGGAGAGAGGUUUCCCUUAUUCUUCACACCCCAAGAUUUCCCCUUUCCUAGGAUUAUUGAUACUGGACCUUUCUGCUUCCCACAGGGGAGAGUCCUUUCUCCCAAAUCCCCUCACAUUCAUGGACAAUCACAUCAGAGCAGAAGGGUCCAACGUUAGUACAUUUUUAUUUAUGUGGUUGUUUAGGACAAUAGUAUCAUAAUAUAUUGUGGUCCAUUUUUAGGGUAUUUUCAGUAGUUCAAGCUCAUAGUACAUUCACAUGGAAACACAAUGUUCUAAUCUGAUCUCAGAGAUUCUAUCCUGAAGGACACUAACAGGCUAGUCCUGGAUCCAGAAGGUCAAGUCCAGCUCUGUUCCUUUAGCACGUGGUGAUGAUUGGGCCUGCACAUCCUUUCUGGAAGAAACUGCCCCCCAGAAGAGCACACUUAACUCCACAGGAGCCAGCACCCAAGUCACCCAGGCCCCCAAGAAGUGACUAAGUCUUUAGAAAUAGCAUCCUCUCAAACAUGUGCCAUUCACCUCACCAACCAAGAGCAAAACUCACGGCUUCUCCCAAAACAUCCAUAUUUGCUUACUUCCCCAAACAAUAGCCCUUGCUUAUUUAUUUUUGCAUAACUGCAAACAAAAACACAAAUAUUCCUUUAAAACAGGCUUUCCUCAUUUAAAGCUCUUUUAAAAACAAGUGACCUCUGCCCUUAUUUCUAUUACUGAAAACAGCUCCUUGGAUUGACUAUUUCCUUCAAAACAUUUUGAAUUCAAUAUAGCGUCCUUGAAAGUUAGGAACAAAUAACACAUUUGUUGUGAUCUGAUAUAAAGGCUAUUGGUAAAUUCAAACACAGUCCUGCUCCACGUCUCAGCCCAGAGAACUCAGCAGAUUGUCAGUUAAAAUUAGCUACACUGAAGACAGAUUUUACAAGAGAGGACAUAAAAUUAAGUGAGUAAAGUAAUAUAAAUAAGAAAAAACCCAAGUGGUCUCUUUUUAAAACAAGCUUGACACUGAUACGUGUGCGGUUGUUGGGUGGGGUGGGAGUGAGUCUGAAAGCAGACCUGCUGCAACAGCUUCAUGCAACUCCUAAGCAGACCUCAUUUUCUGUAGUUUUUACUUCUAGGAUGACAUUUCUUAUGUUGGAUAACUUUGUCUGUUUCUCCACUGAAGUGUGAGCCUCUGAUUUAUAUUGAGAUUCCCCAACGCUUUGGCCAGACAUAUUCUAGGACUGGGGACAGAGCAACAAAUAGUGGAGAUAAGAGCUCUGUUCUCAGGAGUUUCUGUUCUAGAAGAGGGAGUGGGGGGAUAGUCAGAUAAGGAAGGCAAUCAAUAAGUAAGAUACUUUCUGAUAGUGGUAAGAUCUACUAAAGAAAUAUAACAGGAUAAUGGAGUGGAGAACAUCUGAAUGAAAGAAGAUCAAACAAAAAUGGUUUAAACUGUGGGGGGUUAUUAAUCUGCCUAAUAAGAAAUUCAGCAGUGUGCACUUUUGGGAGGAAAUGGUACUCAACAGCAUCGUCAAGCAUUGCAUCCCAGUAACACAGUCUUUUUCCUCUGCUUUUGCCCAUGAGUAAGAUGUUCAUGGUUGGAAAUCCUUUGCAGUAGGCCCCAGCAGGCUUCUUGCAUCCUGUUGACUAGAACUGAGUAACAUACCCACCUCUAGACCAGUUACAGACAAAACAGAAAGACACAGAGCAUAUCUUUUAAGGUUUGUUAAACAAAUGAAUACAUUCUUAGAUGACAUUAAAAAGAAAAAAGAAAGCCCACUGGAUCCAAUCAAUGAGCCAGCAUCUCUGUCAACCUAGCAAUCAUUUUUUUUCCAAAUAUGAAAUCAUCUUAUUUUUAAAUUCUGGCUCUGCCACUUAACUAGCUGUUUUUCCUUGGGCAAGUUAUAUAGCCCCUCUGUGCUUCAGUUUCCUCACCUAUAAAAUGAAAUUAAAUUAGAAUUUCUUGUAGUAAGAAUAAAAAUAAAUUACUAUCUAUAAAGGACCUAGAGUAAUGCUUAGCACUUCACAAGCACAUAAUAUUUAUCUAUUUGUUAGCUAUAAUCACUCUCAUAAUCUUUAUCUUUGGUAUUAGUAGUCAAAGCAGCUAAGAAUAGAUACCAUGAUCUCUAAGUAGGAGAGAUGAUUUCAGUUCUGGGCUGCAGGCACCCCAGUUCUUGACAGGCAUUGCCUUUAGGAGGGCUCUGGGAAAUCUCAGUUUCUAUACCACGUACCACCAGUUCCUGUCUCAUUUAAGAAAGAGUUAGCAAACAUUUAUUUAGCAUCUUCCAUAUAUGUUUCCUGCACCAGGCACUGAAAAGGCAAAUAAAACCCCAGUGUCAGCAGGCUCAAGGGGCCUCAUCAUUGUAGUCACAGUCACUUCCCAAGUGUUCCCAGGCUUCCACAGGCAGUGGAAGCUGCAGGCUGCACCUGCAGUCCCCACUCAGAGCUACCCACUUCGGCCUCUCCUGCUCAGGCUGUGCUGCUGCUGGUCUGUGUCCCCAGCCUGAAAAUGCUGGGGAUGGGAUGACAAGGGCUACCUUGAGAAGGAUACUGGGCAUGCCCAAGGGUCUGCUGUUGCUGCCUUAGAGCUAUGCGGGUGUCCUCCCAGGGAGGUAGGAAACACUUUAUACCAAAGGUUGGUAAACUUUUUCUGCAAAGGGCCAUAAAGUAAAUAUUGUAAGUCUUCUGGUCUUGAUUGAAACAACCCCAGUCUUCAGUUAUAGCGAAUGUGACCCUAGACAAUAUGAGAAUAAAUGGGCUAGAUUGUUCCAAUAAAACUUUAUUUACAAAAAGAGGCCAAUGAGUGGAUUUGGCAUGUGGCACAAGGGUUGUAACCUGAAGCAGCCUUGUUUGUGCCCAAAGUUUUAUAACGUUUCUCCUGGUUAGUUUCUAACACUCAGUUCUACAUGUAAGAGUUCAAACCCAGUCCAAGGAGCUGCAAGGGGAAUAGGAGAACACUGAUUUCUCAAUAUCCUAUCCAUGCUCCAUUACUCUUUUCUUCCCUGCAUCACCCAAUCACAACUCCUUUCUCCUCCUUUUUGUUAAAGAAAAGCAGGCAGAAUCCCCUCCCCUUUCCCCAGCAGCCUCAUGAGUGGAGUGCACAAAGGGGAACACUGUGGCAAGGCUUCUAGUUUUGAAAGGCUUAACUCAAUUUAAAUUCCUUGCUGCAUAAAUGGGCAAAUUCAGGAAUGAAGGGCUCCAACAGUAGCCUCGCUCGCCCUCUUCUGGUUAUGGGAGGGCCAAGGAAAGCUUUUCAUUUGGUGCAACACUAUUGCAGCAAGGCAGAAGAGAGAAGGGUCGACUCAGAAUGGAAGCCACCCCUUCCCUUAGAAAUGGAACCUAAUCAGCAAAACAAACAAGCAAGCAAAAUACAACCAGAGACAUUGAAAUUAAGGACAAUCUGACAGUAACCAGAGGGGAGGUGGGAGGGGACAAUGGGGGGGAAAGGGGAAGAGUUGUCAAGAAACAUGUAUAAAGGACACAUGGACAAAGCCAAAGAGGGGUAGGUUGAGGUUGGGAGAUGGGGAUGGCUGGGGUGGGGGGAGUGGUGGUGGUGGUGGAGAAUGGAGGCAAUGUACUUGUUCAACAAUAGAAAAGAUAAAAAGAAUAAAAGGAAAUGAGAAGUGGGGUGGAAGGGGCAGAUAAAGCCAAAUACACUAAUAUUUUUAAACUGCCAUUGGCAUUUAAUAGCAUGUCAUAAAAUCAAUUUAGUGUACCACAAUAAACAUUUGGAAAAAUAAUAGAGAAUAAACUGGAAGACAAAAUUCCAGAUAAUGGUAGUUCAUAUGUUAUUAUUUUGUUAAGCUUUAUAAAAUUACAUUUAUGUAUAUAUAUACAUUUGCUAAUAAAAUCAUUAUUUACAAUGUAUUUAUUACUGUAGGUUGUAAUGAAAAAGUAUUUGAAAGUCACUAGACUGUACUCUGGACUUCUGGGACUCAUUUCUGCUAGCCAAUAUUUUUCUUUCAAACAGAGAUGAAAGGGAUGGUCCUGUUCUUAAAGGACUCUGAGUCACUGGGGGAAAUUGACAUGCAAACUGUUAAAAUUCAGCACAAUAAGGGCUCUGAGAUGAGUAAGCACAGGGUGCUCCAGAAUGGGAUUGUCAAGAAAGGUGGCAUUUGCUCUGGGUCUUUUGAGCUGCACAGGGGUGUGUUUGGCAGGAAAAGAACGGGAGCAAUCACACUGCUCACAGGUUUGUUGUCCAACUGAAGCUGGGGCCUAAGCAAAUAUUUGGCUGCUGGUCUUGUGUUUAUUUUCCCUGAAAUCAAACAGACCAACCAAGUCACUAGCAAACACUGACUAGGGGGCACUCUGGCACUAACCUAUAAAUGUCUUUGACCACUGACCCAGCACAGGGGUGUUUUUGGUCCACUUUCUGGGAAAAUGUUCAACAGUCUCACCCUGUGCAAACUUUUAUGAUGCAGGAAGACACUAGUCUGUGUGUAAUGUUCUGAGCUGGGAAGGGAAAGCUAUUAAAAAGGCUGUUCACCCAUUUGGUGUUGUGUAGCCAGACCAGCUCAGCCCUCCUAAUUCCCAUCACCUGGUUGUCAAAAGCAAUAAGAGGAGAUGUCCAAGGGAUGACUUAGUAAGCUGAUCUUUAAAAGCUGUGACUGCCUCCUCUGAUUUUAGUGUCAGCCAACUCGAGAAUGCCAGGUGACCAUUACAUCUAUGGACACUAGGAGAUUUGAAAGGCUCAAGAUGGCCAGACAGAAAACACAUGUGAAUCUUAGCCUUAUCACUUCAGUGCUAUGGAAGCAUCAUUCCACUUGCCUCUACUAACCAUAUCUCAGCACUACUGAAGGCAAAUGAGGUACCUGUGAGGCCAUUUUGUAACCUGUUAAGUGAUAUAUAACUAUUAGAUAAAUUUGAUAUUACUAAUCCUUUCUAGAAUAGCCACUAUGCCAGAUGUUGCUACAUUCAUUAAGAUUCCUCUGUGACCUAAGUAUGGCCUUCAAAAACUCUUGUAAAAUUCUUCAAAACCUUAAUCAUGGCACGGAGAGGCUCUGGCUGUGACCAGUCAGCACCACAAGCACUUUUAAAGGUGUUCACUCAUUCAGUAAGUAUUUGUUGUGACCCCGUUGUGUGCCAAGCAUUGGGCUUGGGGGUUUAGAAUGCUACACUGAAGGUGACACGGCCUCAUGGGAUUCUGUCCCUGGGAUGGAGAUCAGAGAGUAAUGCGUUGUUAAGAACCUUAAAAUAAGUACCAGAUUUUUUUGGUUCAUAACUCAGCCAGUUAGGAAACUUUGCCCUUUCUGACAGAGCCCAUCAAAAUGAGACAAACCUUUCUUAUAGCCACACCUUCUCAUUUAUAGAUCAGCUUUACUCCAAAAAUAAAUACAUACAUACAUACAUACAUAUAUAAAUAUAUAAAUAAUUUAUUAACUAAGUGAGCAAGCUAUGGAUAAGGUGUUUCAGAAAGAUUAUCACAAAGGCAAACACCACCAUGAGUGGAGUCACUAAAGCUUUCUGCUUAUUUCUAUGAGAAGUGUUGGCUUCCAUUCUGAGUCGACCCUUCUCUCUUCUGCCUUGCUGCAAUAGUGUUGCACCAAAUGAAAAGCUUUCCUUGGCCCUCCCAUAACCAGAAGAGGGUGAGCGAGGCUACUGUCGGAGCCCUUCAUUCCUGAAUUUGCCCAUUUAUGCAGCAAGGAAUUUAAAUUGAGUUAAGCCUUUCAAAACUAGAAGCCUUGCCACAGUGUUCCCCUUUGUGCACUCCACUCAUGAGGCUGCUGGGGAAAGGGGUGGGGGGCGAUUCCGCCUGCUUUUCUUUAAUAAAAAACAUCUAUAAUUAGUUUUAUAGAUACAUACAUUUAAAAUCUCCCCUUUAGAACUAUACCUAAAAGCAAUUUUUAAUAAACCAUACAGAGGCUCUCAGCCAUAUUAGCAUAAGAAAUGUUAAAUAUUAGAUUAUGCAGUUAACUUUCCAUUAUUUUGUAUUUCUUGUUUCUUCAAAGAAGGAAAAGAAGUUUUUGUGCUUUUUAAAACCCAGUUUUUUAUUAUUUAAAAAAUAAAGUUCUUCUAUGUUUGUUGGCCAAACCAAGAUGCUUAAAAUGUUUAAUUUUACUUUAAUAGAGACUGAUGAAUUCAGGGUAAGGGUUGCAGUUCAAUUUCAAACCAUCAACAAAUGGGUGUGAAUUAAUAUUGUUUUAGUUCUGACUCAGUGUUGAAGACCAGGAAAUGAUUUCUUCCCUAGUAACUUACUGUCUCUCCAUUUCAGAGAAAAGCCUUUGUACAUUCAAAUAGAAAAGGAGUUUUAAAAAGUAUAAGUAAGUAGUAGGUGGGUCUUCACACAGGUCAGAAACAGCAGGAACGACUCACUUUGAAGCCCACCACCAAAGUGACUGGUAUUCUCCUCAAGAGCCUGGCGAUAAACUCUCCAUGUGCAACGAAAGACGGAAGAGGUUCCUACAAGGAGAUAUUUCCAGUUUAUUGUCUCCUUUCUUCUCAAGGGUCAAUUUCUAUCCCUUCUCAUCACUCUCUAAUAUUUGUUAAAUGCUAUGGAAAUCACAGUUACUUGAUAUGACCCUUUCCUGCAUGGAAUUUAAUAAUCUUACUUGUGGCCCUGACCAGUGUGGCUCGGUGGUUGGACAUCGUCCUGAAAAGCGAGAGGUCACCAGUUUGAUUCCUGGUCAGGGCACAUGUCUGGGUUGCAGGAUUAGUCCCCAGUCAGGGUGCAUACUAGAGGCAUGCCAUUCAGUGUUUCUCUCCUGCUCUUUUCCCCUCCCUUUCCUCUCUAAACAUAACUAACUAACUAGCUAACUAACUAACUAAAAUAUUUUCUAACCUUAUAGAAUUACAUUUAUAUAUCUAUACAUAAGUUAAGAUUUACAAAACUAAGAGUCAAAAUCUCCUGUUUUAUAAGUGAAGACUUUGAAAUUGAUCUGGGGCAAGGAACUUCACCUUUCUAUGCCUCAGUCUCUACUGUAAAAUGAAAAAUUGAAUUGCUACCUAUAAAGUCCAACAUUUUAUGAUUUAUGAACUAGAGAAUAAUACUUGUUAAAAUAGGAUUCUAACACAUGCCAGCUAGCUAAUCCUAUUUUUAGAGAUUGAAUUCAAAUUAGCUCAAAAACCCUAUCCUUCAUGCAACCCAUGAUUCCUCCACUGUUUCAGAGAAUUUGUGGGGCUGGUGGUGGAAAGUGACUUAUAUUUCUCCUGGUUACCCCAGGAUCUGAGCUGUAGUUCGUGAAUAAUCUCACCUUAAGCAUGUGCUAAUACUUUUCUGUAUUACAUGGCCUCCAACCAGACACACCCUUCAUUCUCUGAGAUUCCUCUGGCCCUAACAUACAUGAAUAUCAGACUCUACUGAAGCUUCGAGACAAUGAGUGGAAAGGGUUCUUGCUGUAGGACCACAGCAACUUAAAAUACUCAGUAUCCUUGUUCUUAACCUUCUGGGGAAUUUCUCAGUGACUCACUUUCUCCACUUGCCCCUCACUAUGUUGUUCUGCUGUCUCCAUUCUGUUGACUGGUCUCCAGCUCUGUCCUCAUUGGCUUCCUGACUCCACUCACAAAUACCCAUACUCAUCUCUGCAUUUCACUUGCCUUUUCUGGUCUCAACCACACCCCCGGGAUUUCACUUCCCUCAAGUCUUCAGAGCAUUUCCCUUAAUAAAAAGUUUUGUGUCUUGUUUGUAUUUAAUUAGAAAGGUCAGUCCCCUUUGCUUAAUCAGGGGUUUGGGCCCUGAGCUCCCUGGCACCCAAAGGAAGGAAGGAAGGAAGGAAGGAAGGAAGGAAGGAAGGAAGGAAGGAAGGAAGGAAGGAAGGAAGGAAGGAAGGAAGGAAGGAAGAGAGAGAGAGAGAGAGAAAGAAAGAAAGAGAGGAAGAAAGAAAGAGAGAGAGAAAGAAAAGAAAAGAAAGAAAGAAAGAAAGAAAGAAAGAAAGAAAGAAAGAAAGAAAGAAAGAAAGAAAAAGAAAGAAAGAAAAUAUCAGUUACAAGGUGCACUAUACUUAUAAAUUCAAAACAAAACAGCUGUUAUUCAGUAUUAGUUAAAUUUUUGCUGGCCCUGUAAACUCUCCCACAGUUCAUGGAAUUGGGGGCAUAGUGCAGAUAUUACUCCCACCUACCUGUCUGUACUUGGAUAUGCCUGGUUUAGCUCAAUCAGCAAUUGUAGCUUUUCAAGUUUGAAACCUGUAGAAGAACAUUAUUAAUUCCUGCACACAAAAACCAUUUACUGAGUGUCAGGAAUAGUUCUAAGUACAGGACAGAGAGGAACAUAAGACAAACAUGGUCCCUGACCUCCUGGAGCUUACAAGUCAAGGUGGGCACAAACCAGCAGGGUUCAGCUGUAAUGUAUUAAUGUGGUAUAGAUGGGAAAACAGAGGAGCAUCUAGACUAGUUUUGAAGGGCUGGCAGAGGAAACAAAUUUCGGGCAGAAACUUGCACUACCUGCCUGGAGGUGAGAGGGACAAUACACAGGAUUAGUAUCUGCAGUAGAUGCUGCGGUGCCCCACGCAGAUCCCCUUCUUCAGGUCAUACACCUAGCCCUAACUGCUAGGAGAGUUGGCUGCUAAGGGCUCACAGCUGCCCCCUUCUCUUGAGAAGCUAUUACCUGGUAGGAGCCCCUUCAUUUGGAAAGUUACAAGCCAUUACUGCUCUUCCACCCCCAGGGGUAGCUCACACCCUAUGACUGACUGACAUGGGGCUUCAAAAGGCUGGUGUCCUUGCUGCAAGUGGGGUAGGGUGUUGGGGGAGUGUGCACUUGUCUAUGAGUUUAUGCUCCAAGCUCCUUCCCCCUCCAUGGAUCAGGCCAAGGCUAAAUUUUACCUGAGACCAAAUCCUUGCUCAGCUUCCUCCUCCCUUCAUAAGCAGUGUUCUCUGAAGAGUGCUCCCUCAGUAAAUUACAUGUUCCCAACCCCUGACCUGAUUUUAAGGAACCUAAGCUAUGACAGUGCACAGAGAAAAUUGUUGAUAUUGAAUUCUCUUUAUGCACUUGGUUCAAAUUUGAGCCCGUUCAUCAGUAGAUUUACUUAAAUUACUCCCAUUUUCAAUAAAAAUUCUUAUGUGAUAUCUCUAUUUAGACUUCUGAUACUGAGAUCACAAUUAAAAUAGCCCUGACCUAAAUUGUAAAUAAGGACACCAAGAUUCAGCAAAGCAUAAUAUUUGUCAGGAUACAACUGGACUAAAACAUACCUAAAAAAUAUCUAACAUCAUUGUCUUUACUGGUGUGGCUUAGUGGAUUGGGCAUUGUCCCGCAUUGUCCCGCCACAAAGCAAAAGCUUGCCAGUUCGAUUCCUGUUCAGUGCACAGGACUGAGUUGCUGGCCAGGUUUCUGGUUUGAGGCACACCAGAGGCAACCUAUUGAUGCUUCUCUAUCACAUCGAUGUUUUUCCCCUCUUUUUCUCCCUCCCUUCCCCUUUCUCUAAAAAUAAAUAAAUAAAAUCUUUCAAAAAUGUAUCUAACAUCUUUGACCUUCUGGGAUAUGAGGGCAAAAAUGCCCUGGAUCACACCAACAAUAUUCUGAGUUCAGGAAAUGUGCAAACCUCCCACCAGGUGCAAAGACUCUAUUCUGGUUAUGACUUAGUCUCUUACGAGUCUGAUUACUGUGAAUCAGUGAUGAAAUUAAUUUUCUGAAUCUACAGGACCAGACAUACUCUGACAUAACCUGAAAUAGUCUCAUGUCUUCCUGCUUUUAUCCCCUAGAGAUUAGGUUGAAGGACCUACCAAAGCACAGCAGAAUGGGAGCUGGACCCUGCCAGGUGAGUAGAAAGAAUUCCAAGACUCACUGGGAAGCAAAGAAGAAGAAUACCUCCCCUGCCAAUGCAAUGUGCUUUUUUGUUUCCUGCUCCCAGUCAGCCCUGCCAGCCAGAUUUUACUGCUUUUUAAGAUGUUUCUCUGCAUAAAGAUGACUGAGAUGACCCGAAAACUCUGUCUUCAAAUCCCAAGAGAGGGAAGAGAAGGAUAAAGAGAGAGAGAGAAACAUCGAUGUGCAAGAGAUAUAUUAAUCAGUUGCCUCUCACAUGCACCUAACUGGGUACCUGGCCUGCAACCUAGGCAUGUGCCUUGACUAAGAAUCAAAUUGGCAACCUUUCAGAUUGCAAGUUGGCACUCAAUCCACUGAGCCACACCAGCCAGGGCAAAGGACGUUUUGUUUUAAAGAAAGAAAUUGAAUGCAAAGUAGCUUAAGACCCAAAUGGAAUUUAUUGGAAGGAUACUGAAGUACUUGACAGAAUCAAAGGUAAAAAAAAUCUCUGGAAUCAGAGAAAGUACUGGAUACCACACAGAAACUAAUUGUGAAUUCAAAUACCAUUGACAAGGUAUGUUCUUCCUUUCAUUUUUAUUUCCUUUUCUUCUAGUGAGAGUUCCCCAGAAAUUUGAUCUGAUGUGAAAGUCCUAGAGGUUUCUGUUUUUUCUUAAAACUAAAUUACAGAGGAGACUCCUGGUCACAAUGACAGUGUAGGUGAACACAGCUCACCUCUCCCACAACCACACCAAAAUCACAACUAAAUUUUAGAACAACCACAAUUUAGAAUGUACAGAAAUUGAGCUGAAUGGAAGUUCUACAACUAUGGAAUUAAAAUAGAAACCAUAUCAAGAUUGGUCAGAGGGGUGGAAAUGGGGAAUAGCCUAGUCCCCCAUCCACAUGUGGUGAAUAAGAAUUGGGUUAUCUCAGGAGUGAGGAGUUCCAGCCCCAUACCAGGCCCCCCAGCCCAGAGUUCUAGUGCUAGGAAGAUAAGUCCUCAUAACUUCUGGCUGUACACACCAAUGGGGAUUGAGGCUGAGGAAAACAGAAACUUCUGGAGUCUCAGGCAGUUUCUCUUAAAGGGUCCAUGCAAGGACUUACUCAUACUCACUCUCUCUGAGUUCCAGUGCAGAGGCAGCAGCUUGAAAGGCACCAGAGACAUGCAGGGAGGAAGAGAAUUAUCUGGCAUCAGGGCAAGAGCUGGGUGUCAACAUUCCCUCAGAAGGAAGUGCUGGCAGAAGCCAUUCUUCCUUUGCUGAGCCCUCCCCACACAGAGCUGGCAGGUGGAAGCUAUAUUUGAGAAUCCAACCUGGCUCACACUUUUUUUUUACACUUUUUAAAAUUUUUAUUUAUCUUUAGAGGGGAAGGAGAGAGGAAGAGAAACAUCAAUGGGUUGCCUUUUGUGCACCCCCUGCUGGGAACUGGCCUGUAGGGAACUGGCCUGCAACCCAGGCAAGUGCCCUGACUGGGAAUUGAACCGCAAUUUCUGGUUCACAGGCCUGUGCUCAAUCCACUGAGCUACACCACCCAGGGCUUUGGCCCACCCUGGUGGGCCACCCUUUUUGCCCCACCCUGGUGAUUCCCUGAGGCUCUGCUCCACCCAUCUUUCCAGCCCACUUAAGAUGUUUACAGUGGCUUAUCCAUAUAAAUGCCUUGUCUUGGCUCAUGCUUCACAUGUUUUCUAAAUUCUCUCAAAAAAGCAGCAUCUGGCCUCAUGAGGCCCACACUUCUCAAUAAGUGGCUCCAGCCCAGCACUAACAGCAACCGGCCUUGGAUUAAAGAUGGGCCUUACCUGGGCCACUCCACUGCCAGCACAAGUAGCAACCACUCUGUAGCUUAUCCUGGGUAGCCCCAGAGAGAACACGGAAGGUGAAUAAACUAAGAUGUACCAACAGCAAUCAAGACUCAACUACAAGAGGGCAUACACAGCCCACAUGGUGGGCACACCUCAGCUUGGGUGAUAGGGGAUGCUGUGCUAAUGGACCCUGCAGGACACCCAUAACAUAGGCCAUUCUAUCAAGCUUGGGAGAUGUAGCACAUCUACCUAAUACAUAGGAACAAACACAGGGGGGAUGACAAAAUGAGGAGACAAAGAAACAUGGCCCAAAUGAAAGAACAGAACAAAAUUACAGAAAAAGAACUAAACAAAUGAGGACAAUCAAUCUCCUAGAUGCAGAGUUCAAAACACUGGUUAUAAGGAUACUCAAGGAACUUAGUGAGGACCUCAAUAGCAUAAAAAAGAUACAGCCAGGAAAGAAGGAAUAUACUAAUUGAAAUGAAUAACUUACGAGGAAACAAAUCAGAGGUUUGGAAUAUAAAGAAGCAAAAAACACCCAAUCAGAACAGCAAGAAAGAAAAAGUGUCCAAAUACAAUGAAGACAGUGUAGGAAGUCUCUGAGACAACUUCAGGCACACCAACAUUUACAUCAUGAAUGUCGAAAGGACAAGAGAAAGAGCAAGAAAUUGAAAUUGAAAACCUAUUUGAAAAAUAAUGACAGAAAACUUCCCUAACUUGGUGAAGUACAUAGACAGACAAGUCCAGUAGGUGCAGAGAGUCCCAAACAAGAUGAAUGCAAAAAAGCCCAACUAAGAAACAUUAUAUUUAAAAUGCCAAAGGUUAAAGACAAGGAGAGAAUCUUAGCAGCAAGAGAAAAGCAGUUAGUUAUCUACAAAGGAGUUGUCUUAUGACUGUCAGCUUAUUUCUAAAAACAAACAAACAAACAAACA